CAUUCAGAUUCUCUGAUCAUAUUCAAUUACACUCAACUUCCCGAAAACCCUUCUCUCUGAUCCAUUCUUUUUCUGCGUAUAACCGAAAACCAAACCCACAAAAAACAUGAACGACUUGUUCUCCGGCUCCUUCUCCCGCUUCCGCAACAACGAGCAAGUCUCCCCGGACAACAACAACCACCACGUCAUCCAGAUGACCGCGGCGACAUCAUCAUCGCCGCCGUCUGACGGCGGCGUCGUGAACCUUGACAAAUUCUUCGCGGAAGUUGAAACGGUGAAGGAGGAACUGAAGGAGCUUGAGCGUCUCCACGAGAGCCUGCGUGGGUCCCACGAGAAGAGCAAGACCCUUCACAGCGCCAAAGCCGUUAAGGAUCUUCGGUCCCGCAUGGACGCUGACGUGGCACUGGCCCUCAAGAAAGCCAAGCUCGUCAAGGUCCGGCUCGAGGCGCUCGACCGGUCCAACGAAGCAAGCCGGAACUUGCCAGGUGGAGGACCCGGUUCAUCCUCGGACCGGACCAGGACCUCCGUUGUGAGCGGAUUGAGGAAGAAGCUGAAGGAUUCAAUGGACAGCUUCAACAACCUCAGACAACAGAUAUCCUCCGAGUACAGAGAAACCGUACAACGUAGAUACUAUACUGUCACCGGAGAGAACCCUGAUGAUAAAACCAUUGACCUCCUCAUCUCAACUGGUGAAAGUGAAACUUUCUUACAGAAAGCCAUCCAGCAGCAAGGUAGAGCUAGUGUAAUGGACACCAUCCAAGAGAUUCAAGAGAGGCAUGACACGGUGAAAGAGAUAGAGAGAAAUCUGAACGAGCUGCACCAAGUGUUCUUGGACAUGGUUGUGUUGGUCCAAACCCAAGGUGAACAAUUGGAUGACAUUGAGAGCCACGUGGCACGAGCCAAUUCGUACGUGAGGGGUGGGGUCCAGCAGUUGCAUAUUGCUAGGAAGCACCAGAAGAAUACCCGAAAGUGGACCUGCAUUGCCAUUAUAAUCCUGCUCAUUAUAAUCUUGAUUAUAGUUCUUCCUAUUGUUUUAAGGAAGUGACAUUUUCAAAGGUGGACUAGUUCAAAGCUUAUCAGUCAAGUCAACGAUCUUUGGCAUUGCAUUAGAAAAAUACCUUGCUUUUGUAAUCAAUAUUGUUUUUGGUCACAUGUGUUGCUU